AACAAAUACCCCAAAAUUCAAGUUCCUCUUCUCUCUGUGUUCUCGCUUGAAUCGCCAUGGCUGCUCUGCAAUACUUGGAAUCGCUGCGCAGUGCGCACCCUGAGCUUUCUGAUUGGUACAAUUCGCUUGCGGAUCUGUACCAGAAGAAGCUAUGGCACCAGCUCACUCUCAAGCUGGAGCAGUUCGUCGCUCUUGCUGUUUUCCAGGCUGGUGAUGCUCUGAUACAGCUAUAUCACAAUUUCAUAACAGACUUUGAGACCAAAAUCAACCUUCUUAAGCUUGCACACUUUGCUGUUAUAGUUUCUCGGCAGUAUUCUGAGAAAGAAGCCGCUGUGGGUUAUCUUGAAGGGGUCAUUGAGAAACUGCAAGCCACUAGAGAGCAGCGCAUAGAAGAACCUAUUCUUUACAUUAAGAUGCAAAUAGCCAUAUUCAAGCUUGAGCAAGGUGACCUGAAAGAAUCCAAGAAACUCCUAGAAGAUGGAAAGACUACCCUUGACAGUAUGACAGAUAUUGAUCCAUCUGUAUAUGCUAGCUAUUACUGGGUAUCAUCUCAGUAUCAUAAAUCCCGCCAGGAAUUUGCUGAGUUCUACAAAAGUGCUCUUCUCUAUUUGGCGUAUACCUCAGUGGAGUCACUUUCAGAUUCAUUCAAGCUGGAUUUGGCAUUUGAUUUGUCCCUUUCUGCUCUGCUGGGGGAUAACAUCUACAACUUUGGAGAGUUACUUGCCCAUCCUAUAAUUAAGAGUCUUCUGGGGACAAAGGUGGAAUGGCUUUACUAUAUUUUGCAGGCAUUCAAUUCUGGUGAUUUAGUUCGAUAUCAAGAAUUAUGUCGGGUUCAUAAUGAUGCAUUAAGGGCUCAACCAGCACUAGUUCAAAAUGAACAGAGGUUGUUGGAAAAGAUCAACAUUCUCUGUCUGAUGGAGAUUAUAUUCAGUCGGCCUUCAGAAGAUCGCACUAUUCCCUUGAGUGUAAUUGCAGAGCGUACAAAACUUUCUAUAGAGGAUGUGGAGCAUCUCCUUAUGAAGAGCCUAUCUAGGGUCUGCUUAUUAUAUAUAGAAAAAAAUUUAUUGCAGGUUCAUCUAAUUGAGGGUAUAAUUGAUCAAGUUGAGGGCACAGUGCAUGUUUCCUGGGUGCAGCCAAGAGUUCUGGGUAUUCAACAGAUCAAAUCCUUACGGGAUCGACUGGACAGUUGGACAGGAAAAGUGCACACUGCAUUGUUGUCCAUCGAGGCAGAAACACCUGAUCUAAUUGGAUCAUGAUUUUUCUUUAUUUGUUUUCUGCCUAUUGUAACAAUUUCUUAAGGAACACACCGACACAAGAUGAAGAGACUUCCAAGUCACAUGGGCAAUAUAGCCAACUUUAUAUGCUUCAUUUGGUUAUGCCUGCUGCUUUUGAAUGACUGCUGGAAAGAGCAGCCUCAUGUACUUCGCUUAGAAAUUGUUGGUUCUAUGGUUGCAUGCUUAGAGACAUGGUGAAUCAGUUGGAAACGGGCUGUUUUUACGCUUUAGAGUGAUGAUAAACUUUGUAUUUGGAAUCUUUCUUAGAUACGGCUAUUUUUACUCACUUCAAAAGUUCCUUUCAUUUCAUUGUGUCAAGCAAUUGUUUUCUUUUGCCUUAUCUUUCAUG